UAUAUAUAUAUAACUAGAGAGAGAAAAAGGAAGAUGAUCGUCGAUCUAUUCAAGUGUGUGUCGAUCUUGUUGGCGUGGUGUGCGCUCUGCGAGGGGAUAACAGAGGUUAAUAACAAGGAAGAGGAGAGCCUGGUCGACAGGGGAUUCAGAACGAUGUACAGGGUGUACGAGGAUUGCCAGCAACGGAACAUAGCUGUGUCGCCGUGUCUCAAGAAGAAGGCGAUAGCGUUCUUCGAGAGGUUGGGCAGGAUACGUAGUCUCCCACUUUCGGAGAAUUUCGAGCUGAUCAGGAACACGGAUACCGAGAUACCGAGGAGCUCGUUCACCGAGUUGGAGACCACUUUGGGGAGGACAGCGUCGAGCAAGGACGAGAUACUCAACGAGAUCCUGUUCGACAGGGUUGCUUCGUUGUUGAACAGUUUCAACGUUCAGAUCAGAUUGCCAAGGACUAGCCCAGGCGAGUUGAAACGAGGUAUGGAGGAGGGACGUGGCAAGAUGAAGAAGAUGAUGGGAAUGAUGAUGAUGGGCAUGGCGAUGAAGAUGGCUGCGAUGAUACCCAUAGCCCUCGGGGUCCUGUUUCUGCUUGCCGGCAAGGCUCUGAUCAUCAGCAAAAUCGCCUUGGUCCUGUCCCUGAUUAUCGGUUUGAAGAAAUUGCUGAGCUCCAAGCAGAGCAACGAUCAUGGCGGUUGGCAGCAUGGAGGCGGUGGAGGUUGGGACAGGAGUCUGAAGAACGUUUUGAGCUCCACAGAGGCCACCACGACGGAACUGGCGCGAGAGUAUGCGCAGAACUUGGCCUACUCGGCGCGACAUCAGCACUGAUCGUUGCGGAAAGAAGGGAAAGAAGGGAGAUCUUCCGGUUCCGGUUCGGCGUGCAUGGGCGCUCGAAUCACGUCUACU